AAUAUUUACAAUUACACUAGUAAAUGAAUUGCAAACCAAUUAUGUGAAUGAAUGGGAAAAUGACCAGUGAUUUCAUCCAUUGAUUAAAAAGGAGGAUCAGAUGAUUAGGUGAUGUUAAACAACAACACCAACAAAAUGAUGUCUUUUGAAUCAAAUACAAUGAUAGACAACAAUAAUUUAAAGAUGUCUUCGACGACGACGACGACGACGACUACACCGCCAAUGAUUAUCAAUGAUCAUCAUCUGAACAGUACUAGUAGUAGUAGUAGUGGUGGUAAUCAGUUGCCAUCAAUUGGUGGCACACAUGUGAUAACAACACCACUAACAACAACAGAGCCCAAGACUCUACCGAAAAAGCGAAAGUUUGCCAUCGAUUUCAAUGAAGAUUACAAUAACAAUGGCAUCAAUUUGUCGACAACUGAUAAUAAUAACAGCGGCGACAACAGCUAUAAGACAAAUGGAUCGACAGUUGGUUAUCCAUCACAUCAUCAGCAGCUGAUGAUGAACGAUAUGUCCGAAUGGAUCGGUACCCGAGUAUUGGCCAAAACUGAUGGCGGACUCUACCGUAAGGGUGUUGUCGAUGAUUGCGAUCCCCGUAAAGGCAUCGGUAUUGUGUUCGACGGCGAUAAUGGCCAUUGUGUUGGCGUCGGUGUCGGCGGCGAUACUAAAUACUAUGGCCUGUCGUCACUGGGUUUGAUAGUCGGCGACAGUUGCCCGUCGGCCGCCCAGAUCAAAGUCGGCGCCCAAGUGAUUGCCAAAUGUGCCAACAGUACGACCGCUUUUCAGGACGGUUUGGUCGCGGAAAUAUCGGUAGACAAUUGCCAAAAACCAAUCUAUCGUAUACGAUUUACGGGUGACACCAGUAGUGGCCAGUCGAUUGGCGGCGGUGAUCAAUUUGAAUGGCUUACCAGAGCUAAUCUCAGGCUAAUGGUUCAGCCGUGGAGUGAGGAAGACUUGAUUAGUUGUGUUUCGAUUGAUUGUUUGGAUAGAAGUGCUGAUCAAAUGUUGUCGACACCGACGAUGACUACGACACCGACAAACAGCAGCUCUCAGUUGUUUAGCGAUAGUUGUGUCGAUAUUAUGGACACUACUAGCCCUCCGACAACACCGACGACAAUCGGUGGCCAACAACAGCAGCCAAUGAUGACUUCGCCGAACGUUAUCAGUGUUAUAACUAUGGCAUCGUUGACACCGACGACUACACCUACACAACAACAAUCACCGCCACUUCAACAACAACACCACCAAAAACCGCCGCCUUUGCCUCUAUUACUCAAUAAUAAUAACAAUAGUAGUCCUCCCGUAUCGUCGUCGCCAUUAAUGUUUGGACGGCAACAACAACAGCAAAUUGUCGGCCAAUACUCUAUAGGUUCGGAUGACGACAACAAUAACGACGAUAACGAUGCCGACAACGACAACAACAACGGAUUUUCUGGCGAUGAAGAAGACGACGACGAAGUGAGACAUUUAUCGAGUAGUAGUACACCGACGACGCCGAAUGUAUUUACGUUCAAACAUUGUUCGGCACCGACAACGCCGACCAAUAGUUCGGCGCCGCUAUCGUUGUCCGUAUUGGGACCGCCGUUGAGCGCACUGUUGCCGUCUUCGUCGUCAUCGUCAUCGUCAGCCCUACCGACAACACCGAACAAGUAUAAGAAGGGCGAUAUAGUGUCCGCACCGAACGGCAUACGAAAGAAAUUCAAUGGCAAACAGUGGCGCCGAUUGUGUUCGCGCGACGGCUGUACUAAAGAGUCGCAACGUCGGGGCUAUUGUUCCCGUCAUCUAAGCAUGAAAUCGACUCCAUCGUCGUCGUCGUCGUCAUCGACAUCUGCAGCUACUUCUGCAGCCGUCUCCUCGCAAAACAAUCAUAAUUUAGUGUUCAAUCCGUCGUCCGCGGCGGCGGCGACCAAAUCUAGCCGUAUUCUAGCUCUCGAACCGCUAUCGCACGGCAUGAAUGUCGUCAUUCCCAGUGAAUCUCUAACGGGUCGCCAUCGGCAGCGAACGCCCACACAGUUCGAUACGGCAGAGGCGGCCAAUAUGUUGAUGUCGUUGAGCCAUUCGCCUAACUCGAUGUCGGUGACCACCAAUGGCCAUCACAUUGGUGGCCAUAACAGUGUUAUCGUACAGCCAAACAAAUCUCAGUCAUCAUCGUUAUCGGCAUCGAUGCCGCCGCUUAUUACACAUUAUAAUGGCUACGAAUCGAUGGCCGCCAACACCAACACUACCGCCAAUCAUAGCCAGCAAUCAUCUCAGUAUCACAUUAUAACGCCGGCCACCCAUUUGUUGCCCGUAUUUCAGCCGACAUCAUCCACUGCUGCCGUUACCAUCAGAAACAAUAGCCAAUCAUCAUCAUUAUCAUCAUCAGUAGCCAAUAAUAUGACACUUAACGGCCAUCAUCAUCAUCAUCAUCAUCAACAACAGCAUCCGCAUCAAAACGAUAUUAUUUUUAUGACACCCAUUGCAUCAUCUGAUUCAUCAAAAUUUUCGCCAAUACAUCCAUCAUCACAGCAUACAUCCAACACCACCACCACUACCAGUGAUGGUAAACCUAUACCAGUGUUUCCCUGGCAUUCGUUGGUACCGUUUUUGACGGGAACACCAUCAUCGGCUACAACAACAACAACAACAUCGUCGUCAGGCAUAUCGUCGCCGCCUUUGUCGGCACCGCCUCAUAUGGACAACAACUCUGAUAAUGACGAUGUGUUUGAGAUGUCCAACAAUAGUAGUUCGACUAAUGACAAGUCCGGUAGUGGUGGUGGAGGAGGAGGAGGAGGAGGUAGUGGUGGUACUGAUGGCGGGGUUAAUAAUAAUAAUAAGGAGUACCAGCAAAAUGGUAUGACAUAUAAUAAGCGAAGAAGUCAAUCGUUGAGUGCAUUGCAACAGAUGAAGAAUUCAGGUUCAAAAGAUAACAAAGACGGCGCAAAUACUACAACCAAAGGAGGUUUGAAAGGUUCCGGCGGUUCGGGUAAACAACAUAUUCGUCGACCGAUGAAUGCGUUUAUGAUAUUUUCGAAACGACACCGAGCACUGGUACAUCAGCGCCAUCCGAAUUCAGAUAACCGUACAGUUAGUAAGAUUCUCGGCGAAUGGUGGUACUCGUUAGGACACGAAGAAAAGCAAAAGUAUCACGAUCUGGCAUUUCAGGUCAAAGAGGCACACUUUAAACGUCAUCCCGAUUGGAAAUGGUGUUCCCGUGGCGGCGGUGCUGCCGGUGGUGGACAGCAGCCGAAUAUGAUACCGAAUGGCGGCGGCGCCGGCGGCGGAGGUCUGAACGAAAAUGAUAAGAAAUUUGCCAAAAAUCAUCUAAAAUCUAAAUCAAAAUCAUUGAGCGAUGAUUCCGCUGAUGGCAAACAACAUGGUGUCGGUGUCUACGGUGAUGGCGUCGUUGUCGUCGUCGGCGGCGGCGGCGAUGUGGUGGACAUGUUGUCCGCUUCCGAUGUCGACGACGACGAAGCAUCCAAUGCUAUGGUUAUCGAUCUCAAGUGCAAAGAGUCAGUGGUAGCUGAAGACGAGUCGUCCUCCGGUGACGUUCAGCAACAGAAGCCGAGCGUUCGCUUUAGUUCACCGAUCUCGACAUCAAUGGAUUCGUCGCCAAACAAUACCGAAUCUAUGGCUACAACACCUAAAUCUAUUAGAUCUCAAUCAGUUAAUAAUAGUCUGCUGUUGUCGUCAAUUACCACUCCUCUACAGAAGCUGUCGAUGAUUAACAACAACGACAACAUCUCUACUACUGGUCUAAUACUAUCACCUGUGGUCACAACAACAACAACAGUCAGUGAACACAACAACAACAACAAUCAAAUAUCUUUAGCAGAAGAUAACAACACCACUCAAUCAUCUCAAGAUAUAACCGUCAGUUCGCGAUCUGGUUCUACUGUAGUUCAGAAACUACUGUCGCAUAGUUCGCUGCCGUCGUCGCUGAUUAUACCAGUUAUUAGCAGCAAUCAGACAACACCAACAACACUGUCGACAGUACUGUUGACCACAACAACAACAACAGCUACUUCUUCAUCGCUUAUAAUCAAUACAACAGCAACUAAAUCGCAAACACAGACAUCAGUUGUUUCCUCCUCUCCCGGCGGCGGCGGCGGCGGUGGUGGUUAUAUGACUGGCAAAUACAAGAAUAUGGUUAAACCACUUCCACCACCAGCAGCUCCUCCUCAGUCACCGUCAACACAAUUGUCUGUCAAUCAUCAUUACCACAUCGCACAACAGAGAUCUCCUGUUAUUGUCGCACAAUCACCCCGUUUGUUGUCGUCGUCGUCGUCGUCUAGUGACACAUCCACUCACUUAACAACAACAACAACAACAAUAGCUGAACAACCGCUUUACUAUAAGACAGUUAUGAAUCUGAAAACUGGUAACUUAUCGACAACGAUGACAACAACAACAUCGUCGACAUUGACGCCUCCCAUUCAGAUGCUAACUAUUCCAACAGUCAAAGUAGAGCCGCCGCCCAAUGAGCCACCGUUUAGUAGUAGUAGUAGUAGUAGUAGUGGUGUCGACAAUACCAACUCAACCAAAUCAAAAGCAACUAAAACUAACACCACUACUGGCGCCGGCGGUGGUGGUGGUGUCGAAACCAAGUUUGUUUUGGCGCCGACACCGGCACAGCUCGGAAAGGCACGCAAUAAGCAGCCGCCGAAAGGUACGAACGGCGGCGGCGAAUCAAACACUGGCAGCGGAAGCGGUGGCGAUGACGAUAACAAAACCAAAGACGACGACAACUCGUCGCCCACCAGCGAAAAGGAUGCCAUGGAUCGUGUACUGGAAGAGGUUAACUUUGAACGCCAGUUUGCCCAACUACCCGAAUUCAAACCGACCAGCCGUACGCCGUUGUUGACCUCGGCUACGGCUACGCCGACUACGCCGAUUCCAUUGUCGCCCAGUUUGACGGCCGCUUUUGUUAGCUCCUAUCGCAAAAAACAGCGAACGAGUCACUCAUCUACAUCAUCUGCCACCACCAACGCCAACACACCGUCGAUGGCCACUAAUAAUAAUAAUAAUAAUCAUACGCUUAAUACUCCGUCGAGCGCUGCCUCUGGCGCGCCCCGAACUCCCGAAACAGCCAAUCUAACCACUGGUGGUGCUUCUGCUACUACUCCGGACACUUCGACAACAACAUCGUCGGGCAAUACGUUUUUUGGUCCGACAUUUAAUUUGGGCGAAGCACUGGCCUCGACCACCAAUUCGCCAGAUUGUGACCCGAACUCACCGCGAACUCCAGCCGGUAUCGAAACAGAAAAAAGUUCAUCACUUCGCCGGACAUUAGAUCAGAGACGACAGCUAGUGAUGCACUUCUUCAAUGAAAAAGGACUGUUUCCUUCUGCUCAAGAAACGGCAGAAUUUCAGAUGAAAUAUUCGUCGAUAUUUCCGAAUAAGAAUACACUUCAGCUGAAGAUCAGAGAAGUCAGACAGAAGCUAAUGUCGACGACACCGACAACGCCGGGUGCCCAACAGGCAGCUGCCAUAGCAGCGGUAGUGGCCGCGGCCGCUAAUGCCAGCAUCAGUGGUGGUAGUAGUAGUGGAUCGGCUUCUGGCGAUCAACAACAACAUCAAGUGGUUAACCUAUCGAUGGAUGAUAAUAAUCAUUAUCAUACCAGUAGUAGUGGCGGUACUGCUCGGGGAUCAGGAGGAGGUGCCAGCAAUUGAAAAGACAACAGUGCAACAAACAAAAUAACAAAAUAUAGUUAUGAUAUUAUUUUUUUGUGGACAUAAAAAACAUUACCGUAAUU